GCCCCGGCUCGCGGCGACGGCCGGCUCCGUGAGGGGCGGAAGUGCCGCGCUUUACGACCUGCGCGCUGGUGCAGGGCCGGCUCGCGGAGCUGCCAGUACUUGUUCCUACCCACGUGUGCUGGCCGGGCGGGGAGCCGGGCUGGGCGCGCGGCGGAGGCCUGUGCUGUCUGUUCGGUGCCGGUUUCCCAGGUAGCUCGUCCCGCAGGACCUGGCUGUGCGAUCGACACCCGUAGCCUGUGCGAUCCUGUGCCAAGGAGCCCAAGCCUGAGCCCGGCUCGUGUCUCCCCAGCAGCAGCUUCCUGGGGCUGCCGAUGGCCGAGGAGGAUUUGUUCCGGAGCGACCACCCUGUGAGCGCCAGCGAGGAUGAGGGGGAUGACAAUGAGGAGAGGCGGCAUCGUCAGCUCUUGGAGGCGGUCAGCUCCCUCGCUGGAAAGAAGCGGCGGAAGCUGGCUGAACGCACAGAGGCGAGCGUGCAGGUGUCCGAGUUCAACCUCAGCUGUGAAGGCAUCGGGGAGAAGCUGGUCCUGCCUGAGCUGCUGGGGUCCAUCCGGGCCUCGUCCUCCCUGGGCACCGUGAAGAAGCAAUUGAAUAGAGUCAAGCAGAAAAAGUCCCUGGAGCUGCCACUCAGCAAAGAGGAGUCAGAGCGGGUUGUGAGGGAAGCUGCCUACAAUAAGACCUCGAAGGCCGUUGCCAAGUGGGAACAGGUGGUUCAGCAAAACCGACGAGCGGAACAGUUGGUUUUCCCCCUGAAGCAGGAGCAGAUGGGGGUUGCACCCAUCGAGGAGGUGUUGACCGGCUGGAAGGCCCGAACACCGCUGGAGCAGGAGAUCUUCAGUCUUCUCCAUAAGACGCAGCAGCCGGUGAUGGACCCGCUGCUGACGCCUCUGGAAGAGGCCUCGCUGCGGGCAAUGAGCCUGGAGGAGGCUCAGCUGCGCCGGGCAGAGCUGCAGAAGGCCCGUGCUCUGCAGUCCUACUAUGAGGCCAAGGCCCGUCGAGAGAAGAAGAUCAAGAGCAAGAAGUACCACCGAGUGCUGCAGAAGGGCAGGAGUCGCAAGGCCCUGAAGGAGUUUGAGGUGCUGCGGAAGCUAGACCCCGAGGCUGCCCUGACAAAGCUGGAGGAGAUGGAGAGAAGCAGGAUUGAGGAGAGGAUGAGCCUCAAGCACCAGAACAAGGGGAAAUGGGCCCGCUCCAGAGCCAUUAUGGCCAAGUACAACUUGGAGGCCCGCAAGGCCAUGCAGGAGCAGCUGUCCAGGAACAAGGAGCUGACCCAGAAAGUGCCUGUGGAGCCAGAGGGUGAAGAGGAGGGCGACAUGGCUGGGGAAGACCUCCUCCCGGACUCCAUCAAUGAAGUGCAGCCCAGCACGGAUGGAGCCAACCCUUGGAUGUUGGGGAAACCCAGCAGUGAAGCAAAGGACUCUGGGACGCAGGAGGACCCCAAGGACCUUAGAGAGUCUGCUGCCCCGGAGGAUGCUGGGAACGAGGGAGAGGAGAUGUCAGAGGAUGAGAUCUUGUUACAAGACUUUGAGCAAAGACGAUGCACACGGCAACAACAGACAGGGAGCCCAGAGCCUGAGGGUGAGCAGGCUGGGGCCAGAUGUCAUGGCCCCGGAGCACCAUUGUGGGCGGCACUCUGGGGCCUGGAGUGGUGGGAAAACAGGAGUCAGGUUUGGAGCCUCCUGCCACCAGCUGUCAGGAGCUGGUUGGGCUGGAAGAGAGGCUGUGUGAACCCCUUGCCACCCUGCUGCUCUGAGGGGAGCAGCAUCUCGCCCAUCAGCCCGAUGGUCCCCCCUCGCCCUCCCUGGGGCCUGUUAUAUCCACAGUGGGUAGCAGUGCCUUCACCCAGUGCUCUCGCAGGUGCUGGCGAAGCGGAGGAGGCACACUUGUUUGCUGAGCUGCUGUCGAAUGUGCAGACGGGUCCUGGAGUGGAACAACCUGCCCAGGGGCCAGAGGGGCCGCUGCUGUCGGAGCAGCUGGGCAGGCGGCGCACACCGGAGGAGAUAGAUGCUUUGGGCCAGGAGGAGGGGGCGGAAGAGCAGGAGCGGCCCUGGCCCACUGGGACACUGCAGGAGUCAGAGGAAGAGGGCAGUGCUGGGGGUUGCCGCACGGCCAGGAAGGCACCUAAGCAGAAGAUGAUCAACCUGCAGGCUGUCCUGGCUGGGGAGUCCCACGUGAUCCAGUGUCCUGCCCAGCCAAUCUCUGUGCAGGAUGAGGAGGAGGAGACUGCAGACCAGAGGCUGGUGAUCAAGGAGGCCUUUGCGGGGGAUGACGUCAUUGCUGACUUCCUGCGGGAGAAGCACAAGGUGGAGCAGGCAGGGAAGCCGCAGGCCGUGGACCUGGUCCUACCCGGAUGGGGCGAGUGGGGCGGCACGGGGCUGCGGCCUAGCGCCAGGAAGAGGAAGCGGUUCCUCAUCAAGCCGGUGCCAGGGCCACCCAGGAGAGAUCGGCACCUGCCCCAUGUCAUCAUCAGCCAGCAGCGCAAUGUCUUGGCUGCAGCACACCAGGUCAACGAGGUCCCUUUCCCCUUCGACCGCCGCCAGCAGUUUGAGCGGAGCAUCCGCGCGCCGGUGGGGCCCACAUGGAACACACAGCAAGCUUUCCAGAAGCUGACAGCCCCCCGCAUCCUCACCCAGCCAGGCCACAUCAUCCAGCCCAUAUCUGCCGAGGACGCCAGCCCCCAGAGCACUGUGCCCACCCGCGGAGGCAGCGCUGCCCUGCCGCCCACGCCCCAGCGUUCCAGGCACCACCAGCACUCCCACAAGAAGGCUCACUAGGCCAGAGGGGCCAUGCUGCUUGUGGCAGCACAGAGACUGAGGGUGGCUGUGAAGUGCGUGGCCGGGCCCUGGUAGGGCUAGGAACUGCUCGGUGAGCAGGUGGGCCGGGCUGGCCCUAAGUGAGGGCAGAGGAUACCAUGCCAUGUUCCUGCCCUAGAGGCAGGGGCACUUUCCUGCACCCACACAGUGUGCUGCAUUCAUCUGGAACCAGAGCUCCUUCCCCAAUAAAUGUCCUGGCGG